CUAAGCCCUUCCCGGCAGCACCCCCACCCCCCAUCUUAGGCAGGACCAUGCUGACUGUCCCCAUGGGACUUGGAGCACCAAGUCCAGUGCUGAGGCAGGACAGCUGGCCCAGCUCCCUGCAGCAUCCGGACCUUCGGCUUCCAGGAGGAGGGAGGACUUCAGAGCCCUUCUAGAGAGCCACCUUGCGCCUCUGCUCCUCUGCAGAUUCAGACUGAAUAAACUUCUGCUCUGUACAGGAGGCCGGAGAAGGACUGGACACUGACCCUCGGCCAGGGCUGCUAUGUUGGGAGCUGGUUUUGAUUUGUGUUUUGUUUCGGUUUUGGUUUGGGUGGUUUUCUUUUCAUGUCCCCCUACCUCUCUGUCACAAACCUGUCUCUUUCCUGGUCACUGAGACAUGGGCUCCCCAUGUCCGGCAGAGAACCAGCUGGGAACACACUUCCUAAAACAAGCGACAGGUGAACCCACUGCUCCCUGGCCUGACAGUCUGAGGCAAUGCCCAUGUCUUCCAGAGACAGGGACCUGCAUCCUGGACUCCAUCACUUUGGCUCCUGCAGCCCCUUGAGUCAGCUCUGGCCUGGUCCCGAGCCUCAGUCAGUCAAGGGCCUUUACUACCGCAGGGCCCGGAAGGUGGGCCACCUGGACGCCUCUCCAGAGGCCAACCUGAAGGAGAUCCUGGUGAACGUGGGUGGCCAGCGGUACCUGCUGCCCUGGAGCACCCUGGAUGCCUUCCCGCUGAGCCGCCUGAGCAGGCUCCGGCUGUGCCGGAGCUAUGAGGAGAUCACGCAGCUCUGUGACGACUACGAUGAGAACAGCCAGGAGUUCUUCUUUGACAGGAAUCCCAGAGCCUUCGGGGUGAUCGUGAGCUUCCUGGCUGCGGGAAAGCUGGUGCUUCUGCGAGAGAUGUGCGCCUUGUCCUUCCGGGAGGAGCUGAGCUACUGGGGCAUCGAGGAAGCCAACCUGGAGCGCUGUUGCCUGCGUAAGCUGCUUCAAAAGCUGGAGGAGGCGGCCGAGAUGCGCCGGGAGGAGGCUGCCCAGCGCCAGCAACAGCGCCAGGCCUGCCACUCGGAAGUGCACGCCUCACGAUGGGCUCGCAGCAUGAACCAGCUGCGUGAGAUGGUGGAGGACCCACAGUCAGGGCUGCCCGGGAAGGUCUUCGCCUGCCUCUCCGUUCUCUUCGUGGCAACCACGGCUGUUAGCCUGUGUGUGAGCACCAUGCCCGACUUCAGGGCUGAGGAGGACAAGGGGACAGCAGCAAGGCAGAGAGUGGCUCUAUUAAGCCAGCCUGCUGUCCUGAGGAGAGCCAUAGGGCAUGGGAGAAUGCGCUAGAAAAUGCUACUACAUCUUCGUGGUGGAGACCAUCUGUGUGGCCUGGUUCUCCUUGGAGUUUUGUCUGCGCUUCGUCCAGGCCCCGAACAAAUGUCAGUUCUUCCGCGGGCCCCUGAAUGUCAUCGAUAUUCUAGCCAUCUCCCCAUACUACGUGUCGCUUGCAGUGUCUGACGAGUCCCCGGAGGCGGGCGAGAGGCCGAGCGGCAGUUCCUAUCUGGAGAAAGUGGGGCUGGUGCUGCGCGUUCUGCGGGCACUACGCAUCCUCUACGUGAUGCGCCUGGCUCGCCACUCGCUGGGGCUGCAGACCUUGGGCCUCACUGUGCGCCGCUGUGCCCGCGAGUUUGGCCUCCUGUUGCUCUUCCUGGGUGUGGCGGUUACCCUCUUCUCUCCUUUGGUCUAUGUGGCUGAGAAUGAGUCCGGAAGGGUCCUGGAGUUCACUAGUAUCCCCGCGUCCUAUUGGUGGGCCAUCAUCUCCAUGACCACGGUGGGCUAUGGGGACAUGGUCCCUCGCAGCGUGCCAGGACAGAUGGUGGCUCUGAGCAGCAUCCUUAGCGGGAUCCUCAUCAUGGCUUUCCCGGCUACAUCCAUCUUCCACACCUUCUCUCACUCUUACCUGGAACUGAAGCGGGAGCAGGAGCAGGUCCAGGCUCGUCUCCGGCGGCUUCAGAACAACAAUUCCGCCAGCGAACGGGAGCUCCUGACUGACGUAGAUGAUCUGGUUCCGGAGGGCCUGACCUCCCCAGGCCGCUACAUGUAAACCCCACCACCUUAAGAAUGUGCCAUAGCUUCAACCCAUCCCAUGGCUGAGACGGGCUCCUGUAUCUCUCGGCUCCCGAUGGACCACCUGGGGGCUUAGAAUACUGACUUACUCCCAAAGCAGGAAAGGUGCCAGGCCAUGACGUCAUUGGUGUGAUCCUGGGCCCAUCCCUUGUCCUUCCCCAGCUCCCUGUCAGUCACUGCCCAUUUUGCCACACUGGAUCAGAGUUCCUGUGUUCUUUUCCCUUCCUUGCAAACUCUGUACUAUUCUACCCUGGGUUCUGGAUGCUCACAGAACUGACUUCCACUAAUAGCCAAAUACGGAGUCUGCAGAUUUCCCUUUUCUCCCUCAGACCCCCUGUCCUGGGCCACACUACUCCUGAGGAUCAGAGUUCAGGCACCGAGACCUGCUCAAAGCUCCACGCAGCUUGCCAACUCUUAUGUUCUUUUACUGCCUUCCACCGCCAACCGUAUUUCAAAAUGCCAUGGAAGCACCUACUGUUCUAGAAGCUCUUAGCCAAGAAGGCAGCCCUGGACACUUCAGCAAAUCCUGUCAGGUUCUCAUGGCUGCAAGCCCGCUGUCACCUUCAACACACGUGGGGACCUACCUGGACAGGAAGGCCACCUUCAAGGACCCAGUCCCAGUUGGCCAGCUGGACUCUUGGUGGACAUUCCUAGUUAUCCAGCUCUUAGAGUCCCCUGACAAGGGGACUCUGAGAACUGUAUAACGUCCCUUCAGGAGGACAUGUCUCUCAGUCAGCUAAACAUGGCUGAUGGCUCAGCAGGACAGUCUUAGGCCUUCCUAGUUCUAGCUCCCCACUCACUUGUGACCCGCACUGAUGGAGGACAGGCAUCCCUGCUGUCUCUGUGUCCACAUAUGGGCUCAUCUGUCCACAGACUCAGCCCUGGGAUCCACGGAGGAAACAGAUCACUAUGACUUACAGAGACGAACCUGAAAUGAAGUGACCUCUGAGCAGCCGGUGCCCCAAUGUUUCCCAAGGCAAUGAGGGCUAGUGCUGGAGGGACACUUGCGGGAGUCAGAGGCAGAGCAGUAGGGGCAGGCUAGGAUCGGGAGCUGGCAGACCUCAAAGCAUGGUGGCUGUACUAGGGGUGAGGGCAAGGUUGACAGUCCAAGGGGUCAUGAGACCAAGCAGAAGUAGGAGUGCUAGCCAUCCAGGAACGACCUGCGGGUUCAACCCCUCUACAACACUACCAGUCUGGCUCAGCACAGCUGGGUGAGACCUCUGUGCUGAGCCAGAGGAGUUACACAGUCCUGCUGUCAUUCGAUAUUGGCUGUGAGGCCACUGGAGAAAGAAGAAGGGGUGAUGGCGAGAUGGACGGGACCCUGUGAAUCUGACGUGGCUCAUGUACGGGUACAAUCAGUACUGCAGCCCUGCUAGCACAUGCCUGGGUGUUGGUCUUUCCACUAGAACUAAGCUGAUCCCUGCUGUGUGCCGUGCUCCCACUUUCCUGUAGCUACAUGGACAAGGACUCUGCCCAAGGAAACCCCAGCAUUUACCCAGAGUGCAUCUUGCCCAUGUGGGAAUUCUCACAUACUCUGACGCCCCAAACAGAUGCACACACAUACUCCUGUCCCUCUAGACCUCAAGGUGCAGAGAGCACCUUUCGUCUUUCCCGAGCUGAUAUGUCUCAAGCAGACCCUUUAUGUCACAGGAACGCUGAGGCCCCGAUGAGGCCCACAGCAUGCUGCUUUGCUCCAGGAAUUGGCUAGCAGAGUCCUGGGGGUACCUGGAUGUAUUCUGAGAACAUUAAAAAUAGCUAUAUUAA